GAAGACAUUGGACAGCUGAUGUCACAAGCUGAUGUUAAACAAGUUUUACCUUUUAAUAUUAUUAAUUUAUUUUGAAAGUUUUGGUGCCAAUGACAAUAAUCGGUUUUCCCUAUUAACUAUGUAUCCGGUUUAACUUCUAAACUUUAUUUUGCCAUACUAAAUGGGAAGUGUUUUUAAAUGAAAGUACAAAGACGUAUAGUUAUUAAAUAUGUGUAUACCUUCAAUAAAUUCAUUUUUUAGCCAAUGGAGGCUAUGGAUUCGUCCAAUGUUUAUAGCUACUUAUGUUCUAUUAGUCAUAAUAUUAGUACCGCUGUUGAUAGUUCAUUCGAUAAAUAAUGGUUUUACAAAGUCAGACCAAAGCACUUUGAUAGGAGGAGGCUUUGUUCUUCUAGCUGUGCCUAUCUCAAUAUGGCAGAUCACUCAACACAUAGUUCACUAUACAAAACCAUCUUUACAGAAACAUAUUAUUAGGAUAUUAUGGAUGGUACCAAUCUAUGCUUUGAAUGCAUGGAUAGGAUUAGAAUUUCCAGAGCAAUCUAUUUAUAUGGAUGCAUUAAGAGAGUGUUACGAGGCUUAUGUUAUAUACAACUUUAUGAAGUAUUUAUUUAACUACCUCAACGAUGGUCAAGAUCUGGAGGCAUUAUUGGAGACCAAACCUCAAGUUAAUCAUAUAUUUCCACUAUGCUGUUUAACACCAUGGGAGAUGGGAAGUGAGUUUGUUCACAACUGUAAACAUGGCAUUCUUCAAUAUACCCUAAUAAGGCCUCUAACAACCGUCAUAUCAAUCAUAUGCGACCUUUGCGGAGUUUAUGGAGAGAGUGAUUUCAGUCCUAAUGUGGCUUUCCCAUAUAUAAUAGCCAUCAAUAAUUUGUCACAGUUCGUAGCUAUGUACUGUUUGGUAUUGUUCUAUCGGGCAAAUCGUGCCGAGUUAAAACCAAUGAAACCCAUUGGCAAAUUUUUAUGUAUAAAAGCUGUUGUCUUCUUCUCGUUUUUCCAAGGAGUUAUUAUCAAUAUACUGGUAUACUGUGGAGUGAUAUCUACUAUAUUUGAUAUAUCAGACAAUGACAAAAUAAAAAUUAUAUCAUCAAAACUACAGGAUUUUCUUAUUUGCAUUGAGAUGUUCUUAGCGGCUAUCGCACAUCACUAUAGCUUCUCAUAUAAGCCGUACAUAUCACCAUUGGCUCCGACAAAUUCCUGUCUUGGUUCUUUCCUGGCUAUGUGGGAUGUGUCUGAUGUGAAGAGAGAUAUAUCGGAACAUUUGGGUGUUGUUGGGAGUUCAUUUAGUAGACGAUGGCGUGGCAAAUCUAUGUAUCAUAUGGCCAGAGGAUAUGAUGAAAGUUCUAGACUAAACGAACCAACUGCCAGUUCGGCACCAAAUAUAUCAGUUGAGAGUGUGGAACCAACUGUUGAAGUAAGGACAUCUGUGUACGGAUCCCUAGAGAACACUAUGACGACGGGUUCAUUGACCUCCGAAACAGAACCUUUGAUACGGAACGAUUCGGACCCCAAUGUCUAAUUUCUGUAUUAAGUAUUACAAAAUAUAAAUCAUAAAGCUUAAAAGUUAUCUCUAAGACAAGAUUUGAUCAUAAGUACUUAAAAGGAUGCUUUCUUGUUUAAAAUUAUAUCGAACUACUUAUUAUAUAACUCUUAUAUAUACUACACGGAUUAAAUUCGAUAUUCGCCGUAAUACAAAUUAUUGAAUAGUUAGGAAAUAUUCAAAAUAAAUAUUAAUAUGCUUUCUGUCGAACAAGCCUGUUAGACGUUUCCUUCUACAAAUAAACAAUAAUUAAUAAGUUACCUACUAACAAUAAAUAAUAAGUGACAAAACUAUGCACAGAGAAUAAAAAAAAAAAGUUGAAUUCCUCAUUGAUUAUUUGUUUAUGAUUUACGUUGACCGAAAUGAAAAUUAUAUAAUUAUAGAUUUAAUAAAUUUUCCAGAAAUUUAAAUAUUAAUAUAUUAUAACUAAGUGUUAUUAAAUAUAUCGUCAAGUACAAUUCAGAGCGUUUUGUCUCAGUUGUAUUUACUUUAUGAUUAUGAAAUGUGAUAUUGAUUUACAUAAACAUUACUGUAACGUAUUUGUUAAGUUUCUUAAAUAAAUCGUAUUUCUUUUGUA